AUGCAAAUAGCAGAAUCGAUUUCAAAAUUCCACAGAAACGUUCCUGAGCUCGCAAUCCGCAGGAAAACAGUUGUUGAUAAUAAAGAAAAAAGUCAUCAAAUUGAACGAAGUGAUUUUGCUGACAUAAUUAAAGCUCAAAAUAUUAAUAGCAUCCCGAAAUCGUUUACAGAUGAUCUAAACACUCUUGCUGUUCAUGUCCCAGGACUAAAACACCAGAGGCAAUCCUCAGUUACAGAUCUUAAAAGAUCUUAUACAGAGCGCACACUUCUUAACGAUGAGCCAGAUUCAGCCAAUGAGCUCAGCUCAAAACUGAAAAACCGAGGAUCAAUAAGCAGUAGCCUGCAUUAUCAAUUUCUCGAUAAAAUUUCCAUUGAAGAAUGACGCAUUAUUCAUAGCGAAAUAUAUGAAAUAGCAGAAAAUACAAGGAUAGGGCUACUUGAAAAAGUGUCAGGUUUAGGUAUUUCAAAGCUGUCUCCUGAGGAUAUAAAAGAAAUCAGACAAUUAGGAAAAAACUCCUGCUUACUAUGUGGUUGCAGCUGCCGAGCUAAUAACAAAAACUUACCAAGAAAUUUAUCCCAAUUAAAGCCAGAGCAGGCAAAUUCUUUCCCACAGACUAAUAUUUCUACUUUUGACCUUUCUGAAACAGCAAGCUUUAAGCGGUGUAAAAAAUGCUUAUGCCUAACCAAUGUCUCAGACUCCAGUUCUUAUUGUGAAUAUUGCUUGAUUUCUCCAGUAAAUGAAGCAAUGCUAAAUGACCAAAUCGCUAUUAUUAUGCAGAUCAAGUCAAAUUUAGAGAUGCCGAUAAGAAGCCAGAAAUCGUCAAGAAAUCACGAUCCGCCACCGAUUUCUUCAAAUAUGUUUGAAAAUGGGAGGCUUAAAUCAAUAACCCCACCGAAGAGAAGACUGCCAAGCAUAUCUGGAUGCUCUUCUAAAGAAAUGCAGCAGGAAACCAGCCCUUUUGCAAUUGAUUUUUCUAUAGGAGGAAAUAAGCUGUCAUUGGACUUAUCGUUAAAAUCGCAAUAUUUAAGGGUGAUAAUACCUCAAUUUAUUAAUCAAAAAGAGACAAAUGAAGGUAAGCGGCAAAAUAACCCAGAAGCUUUAAUGCAAACUUCUUUUACUCACUCCCCCUUUAAAUUAACUAAAAAUCGGAUUAAAUUUUUCUGUUUAAAAAAUUUAAAAAUUGAGCACACUCUUUUCGGAUUUUAAUUUAUUUUAUGAAGAAUUAAUUCAAAAACUAAUCUGAUUUAAAACUGUUUAAAUAAUAUUCUAAUUGUACCAUUCAAUUAAAUUAGGUCAAAAUUAAUUUUAAAAAAAAUUGUAUAAUUGACCAAAUAUGGAAAUUUUACCUAUUUUUUAUUCCAAUUUAAAAGGCAGAGUCAGCUAGCGCCUCCAUUUUCAAUAAAAAACCCGAUAACUCCCUGCUUUAAAGAUCCAAAUGAAGGGUCUAAUAAUGACGCAACUUCAGCUGAUAUGAGUCGGAUUAUCAAGAUAAUCGGAAAACUAAAAGCUACUUGCGCACAUUUGCAGAGUAAGUCCAUAAGUUUGCUGAAGCAGAUCAUUGCUGAUGGUUCAGAUUAUAAAAGUUUGUACCUUGACUAUUUGGUUUGUAUGAGUUCUAUUCUUAAAGGGAUUUACAAGGUAUUUCCACAGCACGCUCAGCCGCUUGAGGCUAUGAUGAAAUGUGUUUCUUUGCUUUUUGAGAUAAUGAUGCAGAAAAUUGAGAGUCUCACUCAAGAAUCCUUGAGUUUUAAAGUAAAAGCGAUCAGUUUGCAAGCUGAGAUACAGAAAAAAGAAGAAGAGCAUGAAGCGCAGUAUUCUCAAAUGAACAAUAUCCUUCAGAAAUAUGAAGGGAUUAUUGAUUAUUACAAGAACUGUGAGGCAAAAUCUCUCACUUCUUAUAAUGAAUAAUUUUUAAUAAAAUUAUAUUAGUUUUAUGAGAAAAUUAUAAUUUAAUCUCCCUAUUUUUUAUCAUAUUCUAAUAAAAUUUUUAUAUCUUUGAUUUUAUUUUUUCAUUCAUACUUUACCAAUAAAAAAAAUUUAUAAUAAAAAUCCCAUAGGAGUAAAUGUUUAA